UUUGCCCAGAAAGCUUGCCGAAGCUCUUUCUCCACCGAGCAAACCGAGUAACACCAGACUGUGUCUAGUCGCGAGUCCGACGACAUCACAGCACCUAGCACCUAGGCAACAUGUCGAACCGCAGCCCGUUUGAGGACUAUGCCAACAGGAUCCGGGCGGCUGCGAGGGCGGGCGGCCGUGCAGGCUUUGGGCCGGGCGGCGGCUUCCCCGGCGGCUCUCCCCGUGGCCUCGGCGGCGGUCUCGCCGGGCUCCUCCUCCUCGGCGGCGGCGCUCUGCUCUUCCAGAACGCCCUGUUCAACGUCGACGGUGGCCACAGAGCGAUCAAGUACCGGAGAAUAAGCGGUAUCAGCAAGGAUAUCUACGGCGAAGGAACCCAUUUCGUGAUCCCCUGGUUCGAGACGCCAAUCAUCUACGACGUGCGCGCCAAGCCGAGAAACGUCUCUUCCCUGACCGGCACCAAGGACCUCCAGAUGGUCAACAUCACUUGCCGCGUGCUGUCGAGGCCGGACAUCCAGGCGCUGCCACAGAUCUACCGCACCCUCGGCCAGGACUACGACGAGCGCGUGCUCCCCUCCAUCGUCAACGAGGUGCUCAAGAGCGUCGUCGCCCAGUUCAACGCCAGCCAGUUGAUCACCCAGAGAGAGAUGGUCGCCAAGCUCGUCCGCGACAACCUGUCCCGGAGAGCCGCGCGCUUCAACAUCUUGCUCGAUGACGUGUCGUUGACGCAUCUCGGCUUCUCCCCCGAAUUCACAGCGGCAGUCGAGGCCAAGCAAGUCGCCCAACAAGAGGCGCAGCGUGCUGCCUUUGUCGUCGACAAGGCGCGGCAGGAGAAGCAAGCCAUGGUGGUCAAGGCCCAGGGUGAGGCUCGGUCUGCGGAGCUUAUCGGUGACGCUAUCAAGAAGAACAGGGCGUACGUGGAGCUGAAGAAACUGGAGAACGCCCGGGCGAUCGCCGGGUUGCUACAGGAGGCGGGCGGCAAGAACAGGCUGCUCCUCGACUCGGAGGGCUUGGGUCUGAACGUCUUCGACCAGACGGAGAGGAAGUAAGGGGAAAAGGCGGCGUUUGGAAGGCAUCGCUUGGUGGUGAUGAACAAUCUCUACUGUAUGUUUAAGGGCAAACGGCUAGCAGUCCCUGUGUAACAACAACAUGAUGAUUCUCGGCUUGCACAAGAAGGUGGUGCAUGCGCGGUGGACGACCAAGAGGUAGCAGCAGCUUGCCUGGCUGACAACAAUGUGUUGUCUGGUUGCUUCCCCAUGGCUGCGCGGGU